UUAGCACAUCCACAUUCGGAAUUCUCAGAAAUCAGAAUAUUCGCCUGUAGAAUAUUGCCUAUAGAAUUAUUGCUAUUGCCUCGUAAUUCUGGACACGUGCACUCAUUUUUACAACAACAAUAAUGAGAGAAUAAUCAAUAUCUUAUCUUUAGUACCUCUAUAUACUUGAUCAGUGAGUGACAUAGGUCAAUUCCUUGUAUCAAUAAUGGAGUCCAGACCAAAAUCACUGUACCUUUUUAUGCUCUUCUAUUGCUUAUCAUCAGCAAUAAUAACUGCGCAAUCUUCCUUUCCCAAAGAAGCCCUGCCAACAAAAUCAGGUUACCUCACAGUUAACUCAACAACUGGUUCAGCCAUUUUUUACACUUUCUAUGAAGCUCAAAAAUCCAGCACAAAACUCAAUCUUUCUGAAACCCCAAUUCUUAUUUGGCUCCAAGGUGGUCCUGGUUGCUCUUCUAUGCUUGGAAACUUCUAUGAACUUGGUCCUUACCGUGUCUCAUCUUCUUUCAGGCAUAACGUCGAACACCUUUCGCUCGAACCUAAUUCUGGUUCUUGGAAUCGAAUAUUUGGGCUCCUUUUUCUUGAUAAUCCUAUUGGAACUGGAUUUAGUAUUGCUUCAAGUCCAGAUGAGAUACCAAGAAACUUACACGAUGUUGCUAAACACCUUUUUAAAGCUACAAGGGAGUUUAUUGCAUUAGAUCCUUUGUUUAUGACGCGUCCGAUUUACUUAACUGGUGAAAGUUAUGCUGGUAAGUAUGUGCCAGCAUUUGGGUACUAUACAGUGAAAAAGAAUGCGGGUUUGCCUAAAUCAAGACGGUUGAAUUUAGCUGGGAUUGCGAUUGGGAAUGGAUUGACUGACCCUGAAACUCAAGUUGGCACUCAUGCUCUAAGUGCUUACUAUUCCGGAUUGAUCAAUGAGAAGCAAAAGACACAACUGGAAUCACUUCAAAAGGAAGCAAUUCGACUUACCAAAAAUGGCAAUUGGAGCGCGGCAACGAGUGCUAGAUCGAGGGUGUUGGGGAUGUUGGCGAAUAUGACGGGGCUUGCCACUUUAUAUGAUUUUAGGAGGCUAGAGCCUUAUGAAGAUGAAUUGGUGGCUAAAUUUUUAAGCAAUGUAGAUAUCAAGAGGGCUCUAAAAGCAAAUGAAUCCAUAGCUUUCGAAGUAUGCAGUGAUUCAGUAGGCAAAGCAUUGCACGAGGACGUGAUGAAAAGCGUGAAGUACAUGGUGGAGUACUUGGUUAAGCAUACUAAGGUGUUGUUAUACCAGGGACAGUGUGAUUUGAGAGAUGGAGUGGUGUCGACUGAGGCAUGGAUGAAGACGAUGAAGUGGGACGGAAUUGAAAAGUUUUUGGAGGCGGAGCGGAAGGUUUGGAGAGUGAAUGACGGGCUUGCUGGAUAUGUGCAAAAGUGGGAGAGUUUGAGCCAUGUUGUCGUAAUGAACGCAGGGCAUCUUGUUCCUACCGAUCAGGCAGUGAAUUCUCAGGUGAUGAUUGAAGAUUGGGUAUUGGAAAAGGGAUUGUUUGCCACAGGUCAGAUUAAGCAAAAGCCAAGCAAUAUUGAUUCUCGGCGAUGAGGAAAAAUGUACAUAAUAUGAUAGGAGAGAAGACAUUGUGACAUUGGUUCAGGAAUGGUUUGUGUGGGGUUCAACCCCUUCGGCGGAGGAGGGCAGCAGUUUACUUUCCACUUUUGAAGGAGGAUUUCCAGCUGAUGGUUUUCCAGGUGGGGGAUUUGGCGGAUUCCAUUUUUGACCUCAAUGGUGUUUGUUUUUCAUGUUUCCUAAAUGGUUUUGGCAAGAAACUCCUCACAUGAUUGCUGCAAGGGGUGCACAGCACAAACUACAGUAGGCUCUUAUACUCAUUUCCAAGAAGUUUUGCUUUGGGGAUACCUUUUUCCUUUCUUUUAUGUAUUGAGUAGCAGUAGAUCUAAAGGAGAACUGUUCAGAUCGAUAAACAGGUCCAUUUGUAACUUCCUUACUCGAACGGGAUGUUAUGAGCAGAUAAUGAUGUAGUUACAUUAGAAACAGUUCUUCUGAUACUGAAUCUAGUUACUUUCUUAUUUCUAUACUGGCUAAUUUGAGAUAAAGGUGUAGUUUUAAUUGAGUGA